AUGGCCGCCAACGCUUCUUCCGGUGCUGUUGACCAGCUCGCCAACGACCUCAACAACACCUCUAUCAACGGCAGUGAGGCCAAGGCUCCUGCUGUCGACACCGGUGCCGCUGCUGCUGCCGGUUCUGACGAUGCUGCCGCUCCUACCCCCACCUCGGCUGCUCCUCACCCCCAGAACUCGGCUUCGCUCUACGUCGGCGAGCUUGACCCCUCCGUCACUGAGGCUAUGCUGUUCGAGCUCUUCUCUCAGAUUGGUGCCGUCGCUUCUAUCCGUGUCUGCCGUGAUGCCGUCACCCGUCGCUCUCUCGGCUAUGCCUACGUCAACUACAACGCUACUGCUGACGGUGAGAAGGCUCUUGAGGACCUCAACUACACCAUCAUCAAGGGCCGCCCCUGCCGCAUCAUGUGGUCCCAGCGUGACCCUGCCCUUCGCAAGACUGGCCAGGGCAACGUCUUCAUCAAGAACCUCGAUGUCGCUAUCGACAACAAGGCUCUUCACGACACCUUUGCUGCCUUUGGUAACAUCUUGAGCUGCAAGGUCGCUCAGGAUGAGCACGGUAACUCCAAGGGAUAUGGUUUCGUUCACUACGAGACCGAUGAGGCUGCUUCCCAGGCCAUCAAGCACGUUAACGGCAUGCUUCUCAACGAGAAGAAGGUUUACGUCGGACACCACAUCCCCAAGAAGGACCGCCAGAGCAAGUUUGAGGAGAUGAAGGCCAACUUCACCAACGUCUACGUCAAGAACAUUGCCCUUGACGUCACCGAGGAUGAUUUCCGCCUGCUCUUUGAGAGGUACGGUGACGUUACCUCUUCAUCUCUGGCUCGUGACCAGGAGGGCAAGAGCCGCGGUUUCGGCUUUGUCAACUUCACUACCCAUGAGGCUGCUUCUAAGGCUGUUGAUGAGCUCAACGGCAACGAUUUCCAUGGCCAGGACCUGUACGUUGGCCGAGCCCAGAAGAAGCACGAGCGCGAGGAGGAGCUCCGCAAGUCUUAUGAGGCUGCUCGCCUGGAGAAGGCCAACAAGUACCAGGGCGUCAACCUGUACAUCAAGAACCUCGACGACGACGUUGACGAUGAUAAGCUCCGCCAAAUGUUCUCCGAGUUCGGCCCUAUCACCUCCGCCAAGGUGAUGCGUGAGACUCCCUCUGAGGGUGAUGAGGAGAAGAAGGAGGAUGAGAAGGACGAGAACGAGGACAAGGAGAAGGAGAACAAGGAGGAGGCCAAGGAGGAGGCCAAGGAGGAGGUCAAGGAGGAGCCUAAGGAGGGUGAGGACGAGGAGGCUAAGGACGACAAGAAGGCUGAGAAGAAGUCGGACAAGAAGCUCGGUAAGAGCAAGGGCUUCGGUUUCGUCUGCUUCAGCAACCCUGACGAUGCUACCAAGGCUGUCGCUGAGAUGAACCAGCGAAUGAUUAACAACAAGCCUCUCUACGUCGCUUUGGCCCAGCGCAAGGAUGUCCGCAAGAGCCAGCUUGAGGCUAGUAUCCAGGCUCGCAACCAGCUCCGCAUGCAACAGGCCGCUGCCGCCGCUGGCAUGCCCCAGCAGUACAUGCAGCCCCCUGUCUACUUCGCUCCUGGACAGCAGCCCGGCUUCAUGCCCCAGGGUGGCCGUGGUGUCCCCUUCCCUCAGCCCGGUAUGGGAAUGCCUGGUGUUCAGGGCGGUCGUCCUGGUCAGUUCCCCGGUUACCCUCAGCAGGGCGGCCGUGGUGGCGUUCCUCAGCAGAUGCCUCCCAACAUGUACGGCAUGCCCGGCCAGUACCCUCCCCAGUUCGGCCAGCCUGGUACUCCUCAGUUUAUGGCUGCUAUGCAGCAGGCUCAGCAAGCUGCUCUUGGCGGCCGUGGCGCUCCUCAGGGUGGCCGCGGUGGUCCUCAGGGCAUGCCCGGUGUCCCCCCCAUGGCUGGUGGCAUGCCUGGUUUCCCCCCUAACAACCGCCAGCAGAGCGGCCGAGGUGGACCUAACGCUGGUCGCAACGGUAACGGACCUCAGGGAGGCCGCAGUGCCGAGGGUGCCGGUGCCUCUGUGGUUCAGCAGCAGCUUGCUUCUGUCCGAGACAGCGCUCAGCAGAAGCAGAUUCUUGGUGAGAUGAUCUUCCCCAAGAUCCAGGCCAUCAACGGUGAGCUUGCUGGUAAGAUCACCGGCAUGCUUUUGGAGAUGGACAAUGCCGAGCUCGUCAACCUUAUUGAGGAUGAUGCCGCUCUGAAGGCUAAGGUCGACGAGGCCCUCGCCGUCUACGACGACUACGUCAAGGCUCAGGGCAGCUCCGAGGGUGGCGAGGCUAAGAAGGAGGAGGAGACCAAGGCUUAA